CUCUUACGACCACCGCGUUCGUGAACACCUCGUUGACGCACACCCUUUGUGGCCCACACGGUACGCCGUAGUCGGAAAGAUGGCGACCGUAGCGCUGGUUAGCCGUCCUGCGAGUGUCCUUCCAAAGAUUUCAAGCAGCUGUUCCCCUGCUGUUUUGUCAGCUGCCUCCGUCUCCACAGCCCAGCAGAGGAAGCUGCACCAUGCCCUCAUCCCAAAAGGGAAAGGAGGGCGCUCCUCUUCCAGCGGAAUAGCGGCCACGGUGUUCGGUGCCACGGGUUUCCUGGGUCGAUAUGUUGUUAAUAGGCUAGGUCGGAUUGGCUCUCAGAUUAUAAUCCCUCACCGCUGUGAUCAGUAUGACAUCAUGUACUUCAAACCCAUGGGUGAUCUUGGCCAAAUCAUUUUCAUGGAGUGGGAUGCCAGAAACAAAGACUCCAUCAGACGGGCUUUGGAGCACUCUAAUGUGGUCAUCAACCUGGUGGGCAGAGAGUGGGAGACGAGGAACUAUCGCUUUGAGGAUGUCUUCGUUUCCAUCCCUCAGCAGAUUGCCAAAGCAGCCAGAGAGGCUGGCAUCACAAAGUUCGUCCACAUGUCUCACCUUAAUGCUGACAUACGCAGCCCAUCCAAGUACCUGAGGAACAAGGCCGUAGGAGAGACCUCAGUGAGAGACGAGUUUCCUGACGCUAUCAUCAUGAAGCCCUCUGAGAUCUUUGGGAGGGAGGACAGAUUCUUCAACUAUUACGCAAACAUGCGCUGGUUCGGCAAUGCUAUUCCACUUAUUGCCAUGGGGAAGAAGACGGUGAAGCAGCCUGUUCAUGUGGUGGAUGUGGCCAAGGCUAUCCUCAAUGCUGUCCGAGAUCCUGAUGCAAAUGGCAAGACCUAUGCACUAGUUGGCCCCAAUCGUUACCUCCUUCAUGACCUGGUCGAGUACAUCUACGCUGUGGCACACAGACCUUUUGUGCCCUACCCCCUGCCCCGCCCACUCUAUCACCUUGCUGCUCAGUUUUUUGCAAUGAACCCUUUUGAGCCCUGGACAACCCCAGACAAAGUUGACAGGUUUCACACAACAGACAUGAAAUACCCAGGACUUCCUGGUUUGGAGGACCUUGGUAUCACUCCUUCCACUGUAGAACAAAAGGCAAUUGAGAUUCUGCGUCGCCACCGCCGAUUCCGUUACCUGGAAGCUGACCUGGAUGAGACAAAGCCAGCCAAGACUGUCAACUAUUAAACUAACCGAUGACAAAUUUCACCAUCGCUACGGCAGCCAGAGGACAUCAGUACCUCUGCUUCGUUCUUUUGUCUGUAACUGUGUUCUGUACAUAAUUUAAAAAAAAAUAAAUAAAAAAUCCUUGAAGGGUU